AUGAUGGUGAUGGCUAGCACUUCUUCAAUUGGAUCAACAGAUGAAUGGGAUGAUAAGCAUGCAACAUAUCGUAAGUACGGUCAAGUCAUCUUUAACGGCACAAAUGGAUCUACAUCGCGGGCGUUUGGUUUGGAAAUAGCCAGAAGAAUUACAGAAAUGACACAAGCUUGGGAUGGAUACAGAGUGACAGAGCAUAUUUACCCUGUAUUGCACGAGUUUUUUAUGUCUUUGAUCAAUGAGGAGGCACCAAAAGCAAACGAAGAGUUCAAAUCAACAAUCACAAUAUUCACUGCCUGUUCACAAAUCGACAUGCACGGCAAAUGGAAAAAUGUUAGAUAUGUCAAGUCUGUUCCUGCCCGUUUGAAAUACUGCUUUCGUAGUAUUGUUUUAUACGACAUUUUGCUUAAAUCAAACCAACUGAAUUUUGCCGAUCAACGUCAGGCUGUGCCAACUAGUGUUGAAGAUGGAGAAGAAGAUGACGGCGAGGAUGAGGACGAAGGCAGUUUUGAGGAGGAUGAUAUGGCGUUCCUGGAAGAUGAUUGA